ACGGCACAUCUGCUCCAUUCGCCCAAAUCGACGCCCGAAGACAUCGGCGCCAUAUCGGAGAAGUGCGCGAAAAUCAAUUCAUUGCAAUUGAGACAAAUUCUGGAGAGGUAUGAGCCCACAGUGAACGAGACACCCAUUCCUCGCGAGCUCAUCGAAGCGGUGGUGAAAGUGGCGGAGAAUACGGCGGACGAAGUGUUUCGCAAUGAGGGCCGAGAUAUCAGGCUCGAAGAGGAGCCGGACCUUCAGUUGCCAUUCCUGUUGCCAGAAGACGGCUAUUCGUGUGAAAUAGUGUCCGGCAUUCCGUCGGGACUCAUAGAGUUUGUUCAGCCCAUGACUCAGACCGGGUUGUGUCACCUGACUAUCCAACCGACCUCUUCGGGCGACUGGACUAUAUAUAUGCAGUCGUCUCAAAACGCACCCAAAUCUGCGAAAGACUUGCACCUGAAUGCCGGUCCACAAGAGUCGGCUACCGAUAGUGCGCCACCACCUCAAGCCUCUGGAGCACCCGUUUCGAUGAGUUCAUCGCUGUUGAUGACUCAGCCACCGACGCAACAACAACAACCACCACCACCGGUGCCCACACAGUCUCAACAGCAACUACACCAGCAAAUGUUGCCGCCGUCCGGAAGGGGAUCAACGGCUUCGGCGUUCAGUGAGCCAGAGGUGCAAGUGUUGAAACUGCAGAAAAGUAACGGAGGAAUGGGUCUGAGUAUUGUGGCCACGAGAGGGGCCACUCAGGAACGGCUCGGCAUUUACAUCAAGUCUGUGGUGAAGGGAGGAGCGGCUGACGCGGACGGCCGCCUUACAGCUGGCGAUCAAUUGCUGAAAGUGGACGGCCAUUCACUGAUAGGCAUAACCCAGGAACGUGCGGCUGAAUUAAUGAUCCAAACGGGACCAAUCGUAACGCUGGAGGUGGCAAAACAGGCGGCAAUAUAUCACGGACUGGCAGGCAUUCUCACACAGUCCUCACCAUCCAUAUCAAGAGUGUCUUCGACUCCAUUAUCACAAACACUUCUUAACGACUGUUUGAUUAAUAGUAAUGAUUGCGAGUCUGAGUGUAAAUUGAAAAGCUCUGCGAGUUUUGAUUCACUGAACACACAAAUUAAUUUAUGGGAAACUGACUACAAUUCCGACACAACGGUCUGUGCGGACAAUAUAUUUGAUAGCGAUGUGAGACACAUGUUGGCCAAUGAUAAGUCUGCCGCCGAUUUGGUGCCCAAUCAAUGGGAAGCCGUGCAGACGUUAGACCGGCUGUCGGUCAGAGGUAAGCAAAAGGUGGCCAAAGAGUGUCCGAAUCCGAAGAAGACAAACUCGACGUCCAAUCCGUUAACUUAUCUCAAAAAUGCAUUGUUUUCGCAAAAAUUACUUCAAUUCCGACUCAAACCCCAAAUGAAUGCCACGAAUAACAAGCGAUCGGUUCCUCACUCGAAGUCUCUGAAUAUCGCAAACAUUAUUAGAGAUGACAAUAAGGAAGAGACGAACUGUUUAUGCGAUAAUCGGAACCUGAGGUCGACUCCUGUGGCCAAACCCGUGCCAAACGUGUUGCUAAAGUGGAGAAGCGACGAGUCGUUGACUUCCCGGCCCAAUAGUGUCUGUUCCUGUGUCAGCAAAUGCAGCGUUUGUAACGAUAUAUUCAAUAACUGCAUGAUUUGCCAACAAAUCAGCAAAUAUUAUGCGAAUUCACUGAAACUCAAAUCAAGUGAACUAUUUUCCAAACAAUUAAUUCAGACCGCAAUCAAUCAGAUAUCGCUCGCAAAGUGUAACUGUCUUUCGUGUCUAUCGUCUAAUAACUCUUCCGCUUCUUUUGCCACAUCUAACGCAUCCAAUACAUCCCAAUCAUACCAUAACUAUAACGCUAAUAAUUACGAUAAUAAUAGCUAUAAUAACGGUGCCAUCAAUUCUGGGUAUGGGAACCCGCGACGAAUGAGUGAACGCGAUAUUCCGAGUCGAGUCAAUCACGAACAACAGGAGCUCCAGAUGCGAGCCCAACAGCACCGGAACCAUAUGAACGCCAGCGCACAGCACCUCCAACACCAGCAGCAACAACAGCCCCGCAUCCAGAGCUCCAAGAGUGUGCCAACGCUGGUCGACCCCAACCAACCCAUGCCGCAGAUGAACGGCGCGGUUCCACCGCCGCCAUCGGUGCUGCAGUCGCGGGAACGCCGGCCCACCGACAUGUCCGGCGGCGGACCCUAUCCGCAGACAUACAACUCGAUGCCAAAGUCGGGCGCAGAGGGUUUCGGCGCCGGCCAGCCGAUGAACAACUCGCGAAACUACGCGUCCCAUCAGAUGCUCGGCAACUACAACACGAUCGCCAACUACAGCCCCUCCCGGCCCGACAGCCAACUCAGCUUCCAUUCGCAGCAACGCAUGUCUUCGUCGCAAUCGCAACAGCUGUACCCCGAAGAGCGUCACUACCAGAACAUCCAGUUGUAUCAAAUACAGCCAAAGCCAUCGCCCAAUUCAGUGCCACAGCGACCGCCUGUCCACAGCUCCCACUCAUCGCUCCAAACGGACGGACAGCUCUAUAAUCCGCAACAAAACUCGAGACCGCAUUCUGCUCUCAUCGCCAAUCGAGACGCCGACCAAUACAUGGGCCCAAUGGGUGCCAACAGUCCGGGCACACCAACAUCGCCGCGACCCCCACUGGGCAUGAAUCCCAAUAUGAUGGGACCCCCGGGCGAUCAGUUCCAUUACCCGCCGCAACAGUAUUCAAACGCACCGAUGCCUCAGCGCCAGGCGUCGCAGGAUUACGACUCGCAAAAUAUGAUGGACUACCCGUCCCGUAAUUACCCGCCACCGCACCCGCCGUACGGCGACCCCCGACACCGGGAUAUCAUGCGUCAGGAGGCGAAGAUGGAUGAGAUGAGGGAAGAGGUGAAGCGCAGGGAGGAGAGGGAGCGGAUGCAGUCGGGCGGCGGACCGCAAAUGAAUUCCCUGAUGAGGGGAACGCCAACGAACGGCCAGUGGGCCGCUCACAGACCGCCAUACUAUCCGCCCGGACAGCAGAUGCCAAUGAACGGCGGUUCACGCCUACAGAUGCCUCCGCCCCCACAACCGGCCCCUAAGCCUAAGCCCACGGCGGCGCAGAUGCUAUCAAAUUACGGCCAAAACAACUCGUAUUCGCGUAACUCGUACCGCGAGGCCCACCCGCCCCACGAUGCCAUACCUCAGCACCAGCAACAGGCAGUCCCUCAGCCCCCGCCGAAUGUCAGCUAUCGCUACGGGCCGUCGGGUUACCCGCCGUCCCGUCAAUCGGAGCCCUCGUUGCGGUCGCCGACAGUUGGCUCGCAAAAGACGCCCUUCACUGACGCUCUCAAUAAUAUAACUAAUAGUCGAGUCAUUAAUAAUACAGAUUUGCGUAAAAGUCACUCCGGAGUUGUCAGUCCCUCUCCAUGGGAAAGGGAGGAAAAGGAACGGGCAAUACAACAUAGAUUAGAGGAAUCCAAGAGAUCCAGAGACGAAGAGAUAAAAUACUUGGAAUCCCUGCCCUAUCGGACCCCUCCGCACGAAGAACGGCUGCGAAAAUUGUUAAUUGAAAAGGAGUUCCAGAAGAGGGCCGAAGAGUUGGGCGGCGAAGAGGACGAGGAGGAAGACGACGAGAUGUUGGACAGGGCGGACACCAGAGAGCGAAUGUUGGCUAUGAAUCAGGACAUCGAGCGCACCCGACAGCGAAGGAUUGAGCGCGAGAUGCAACUCAAACAACAGCAGCAAAACUUUAGGCCAAACCUCGAGGAAUGGGCCAAAAGGACGCAACAGAACAACUCGAUUCACAGUAGCGGCCAAUUGGAGGCCCAGGAGGAGAGGCUCCGGCAGCUGAGGCUCGAGGAGAACCGACGCCAUCAGGAACUGGAGGCCGCGCAGAUGGAAGAGGAACGGCUCAUACGGGAGGCCCGCAGACGACAAGACGAAGAGCUUCGAUAUCGAGGUUUUAUCCCAAAGAGUCACUCAAUGGGCAAUCAUAUGACGAACGUCUCUCCCAACGAAAUCCCGCCGCCAUUACCCAAAUCCCCGCCCCCUCUGGAGGCACCGCAACGACUGGAUAGGCUGCUGAUGACCACGUCGUCGGCCUACCAGUCAGUGCCCGAACCAAAGAGCGAUUUGAACGCAACGCUCGACCACUCGUCUAAAUACCCGUCAGCUCUACGUAACGGAGACCUAUCGGAGCCGAUGACCCAACACAUGAACCACACGCCCAAGAAGGUCUCGUGGAAUGACAACCCCUCGGAUCCCAUGGACGACGACUCGGAGCACUUGGCGUCCGACGCCUCUAACCACCAAAACACGAGUUUUACGCUACAAGACAUCGACGAGGCGCUCGGCAACCACGGAGACGUCGCCGGCAAUACUCCCGGUGUGAUCGGCGCCCAAGAGGUGUAUAACGAUCCGAGACAGAGGAUAGAAGCGGAAAAGAUGCGAACCGCUCAGAGCCAGAGUAGGCCUAACCCGAGGCCCGAGAAGUUGAGUUUCCAGGAGAAGAUGAAGAUGUUUGCCAUGGAAGCGGGACAACACGACUCGCCCAAGACUAAGGUCAAGAUAUCGAAAGCCCAGCGCGAGAUCGAGACUACUUAUGACGGACAGCCCAUCGAUGGGAACGGGAGGUCCGAUUCGGUGGACUCUAUGACAAUGAUUACUACGUCCUCGUAAUUGCCAUUAGUUUUUGUUGUUUUUAUAGAAGUUAUUGUUUUGUAGACUUAAUUGAGAGAUAUUUUUUGCGUGGAUAUCGUGUGUGUGUUGCGGCCUAUGAUGUGAAUAUUUAUAUGAAAUGCAAUGAUUUUUAAUUAUAUAUGAAAUCAAAACAAAUUUAUAUGUUUUUAUAUGAUUUGAGACGCG